GUGAUCUGCUGCCACGGUUCCGGACAGGGCCCGCACAUAGAUUAUUGGCUCCCGUUGAUGAGGGAAAUCAGCAAACACACAAAAGUUCUGUGUUAUGAGAGGCGGAAAAUUGGACAGAACACGAUGGCAGUCUCGCGUUCCCAAACGCCUGAGGAAGCCGUAUCUGAUCUUGAUGCCCUCCUUAAGGCCUUGCAGCUGAGGCCGCCGUACAUCCUGAUCGCACAUUCCUACGGGGGCGCCAUAGCACGACAAUUCCUUCAGUGGCAUCCCACGCAGGUCGCUGGUAUGGUCCUUGCAGAGACGGGCCAAGAGACCCCGAUCAAGCACGAGGCCGAGCAGUACAAGAAGCAGAUCCUCGGUUCUAAGCCCCUGAGUGUCAUCCACGCUGAUUCGCUGCUCGGAAAACGCGGUGGUAGCACCUCUGCCGAGGAGUUGAGGCUCAGGGACUUGUGGGCUGCGGAGGACGAGCGGCUGAAGAGAGCCCAGCUCGGCCUCAGCUCCAAUGCCCGGUACGUGCGGGUGGACGAUUGUGGACACGAUAUCAUUGACGAACGGCCUCAUAUUGUUGCUGCUGAGGUCAGUUGGGUUCUUGAGAAU